AUGUUCGCCGUUCGUGCCUCUGCCACCAACGCCGUUCGCGCGGCCGCCCGCAACCAGCGCGUCCCCGUUGCCCGCUCCAUGGCUACCAUCACUGAGGAGAACCGCCUGCCUGCCAAGUUCGGUGCAGGCAAGUACACCGUUACCCUCGUCCCUGGUGACGGUAUCGGUCUCGAGGUUGCCGACUCGGUCAAGGAGGUCUUUGAGUCGCUCAAGGUCCCCGUCGAGUGGGAGCAGUACAACGUCUCCGGCGAGCACCUCGACGACAACCUCUUCCUCGAGGCCAUGGAGUCGCUGAAGCGCAACAAGGUCGGUCUCAAGGGUAUCCUCUACACCCCCUCGACCGUUUCUGGCCACAACUCGUGGAACGUCGCCAUGCGCCAGCAGCUCGACAUUUACGCCUCCGUUGUCGUCUGCAAGUCGCUCCCCGGUCUCCACCUCCGCCACAAGGACGUUGACUUCGCCAUUAUCCGUGAGAACACCGAGGGAGAGUACUCUGGUCUCGAGCACCAGUCGUACCCCGGUGUCGUUGAGUCGCUCAAGGUCACCACCCGCGCCAAGGCCGAGCGUAUCGCCCGCUUCGCCUUUGACUUUGCCAUCAAGAACAACCGCAAGAAGGUCACCUGUGUCCACAAGGCCAACAUCAUGAAGCUCGGUGACGGUCUCUUCCUCAACACCUGCAAGCGCGUUGCCGAGGAGGAGUACGGCCACACCGGCAUCAAGUUCGACACCAUGAUUGUCGACAACGCCUCCAUGCAGCUUGUCUCCAAGCCCCAGCAGUUCGACGUCGUCGUCCUCCCUAACCUUUACGGAAACAUCAUCUCCAACAUUGGUGCCGGUCUCGUUGGUGGCCCCGGUAUCGUUCCCGGAUGCAACUUCGGCCGCGAGUACGCUCUCUUCGAGCCUGGAUGCCGUCACAUCGGCAAGGACAUCAUGGGCAAGAACAAGGCCAACCCCACCGCCCUCCUCCUCUCCUCGACCAUGCUCCUCCGCCACCUCGGCCUUGACGAGCAGGCCAACCAGAUCGCCAAGGCUACCUACGACGUUAUCGCCGACGGCAAGCACCAGACCGCUGACGUCGGCGGCAACACCUCGACCACCGACUUCACCAAGGCGGUCAUCGAGAAGGCCAUUGCCUAA